AUGGCAAUCAUUGGGGCUAAAGAACAUCAUGUCGACCCUCGUUUGGCGAACAUUGCGAAAGCAGAUACUAAAAGAUGGUAUCAGAAGCCGAAUUUAAGAGCACUUUAUCUUAUACUGAUCCCAGCCGCGAUGGGUGUCGAAUGGACGUCCGGGUUUGACUCCUCGAUGAUGAACUCCCUCCAAGCUGUGGAGGCUUGGGUUACAUACUUCGACAAUCCUACAGAGGGUCGACUUGGUCUUUUAAAUGCCAUGUAUUCUCUUGGAGCUUUGAUGGCAGUACCUUUCAUUCCCACCAUCUCCCAGUAUCUUGGGCGCCGUUGGUCUAUCCUCGCAGGAUCGCUAGUCUUGUGCCUAGGUGCUGGGCUCCAGACGGGGUCUCAGAAUAGCGAUAUGUUUCUCGCAUCUCGCUGGGUACUCGGAUUUGGUAUUCCCCUGGCCAUUGUUAACGCUUCCGCGCUUAUUGGAGAGCUAGCGUAUGAAAAGGAGAGGCCGACUAUGACCUCCCUAUUUACUUCUUCUUGGCACGUGGGGGCCAUUGUCGCGGCUGGUGUCACCUAUGGAACUUUUCAAAUGACUAGCACUUGGUCUUGGAGGUUACCCUCCAUUCUCCAGCUGGUUCCGAGCUUGUGUCAGAUAUUAUCUCUACCAUUUUGUCCCGAGAGUCCGCGAUAUUUGAUCUCAGUCGAUCGAAGUGACGAAGCAUACGCGAUUCUUCAGAAGUACCACAGCGAAGGGGACAAUGGCGAAGAGUUCGUUCGCCUCGAAUUUGCCCAGAUCCAAAGUACCAUUGCUCAAGAAAGGGAGACAGCUAAGGCAUUCGUGUGGGCCGAUGUUUUCCGCGAUCCUCCGAUGAGACGCAGGUUUCUACUUGCUGCAAUAGUUGGAUUCUUUACCCAAUGGAGUGGCAAUGGGCUUCUUAGCUUUUACAGACAUACGCUGUCUCUUUCAGUGAAGAAAAUUCUAAAUCUUGUCGGGAUCACGGAUAAUCGCACUGUUCAGAAAGUCAUCUUGAGCAACACAUGUUGGGGUUUGAUAAAUGCUGUCCCCGUAGCCAUCGUCGCACCACUAUUACGCCGCCGCGUCGGGUUCUUGAUUUGUACGAUUGGCACAGCUGUAGUUUAUAGCGUCUGGACAGUGGCUUCGGCACGAUUUGCUAUCGAAAACACUUCGGCUGCCGCAAUAGCAGUUCUAGUGUUCAUUUUCGCGUACUCGCCCUUCUACAACCUGGGUUGGAAUGCGCUGGCAUAUACUUACUUGGUUGAAAUAUUUCCGUACCAGCAACGAGCUAAGGGUAUCGCGGUCGAGCAGCUAACGGUUAGGUUUGCUGUAUUCUUCAACACAUACGUGAACCCGGUAGCACUGGAUCGAAUUGGAUGGAAAUAUUACUUGGUUUAUUGUGUAUGGAUCCUGUUCGAAGUCGCGACCGUAUACUUCUUAUUCCCAGAGACAUAUAACAGAACCUUAGAAGAGCUCUCGUUCAUCUUCGAAGGCAAAGAGGUCCAGGACAAGGUUCAGAACAACGUUGAUAAGCAACUCGAGGCCGAGCAUGCCGACAAAAAAGCCGCUGAUGGGACAGAAGAAAUAGGGGUUUAA